UGUUUAUAACGAAACGUACUUCCGAGACGACGUGCGCCGGAGAUCCGUAUGAAAAACGUUCUAGACGAACGGAGAGUACCUGCCAGAUUUAUGUAUUUGUUGAGUAUUUCAGCGGCGAUUUUGAUUUUUUUUUAAUCCGUUAUCGUUUAGAAUCCGUGACAGUCGGAUUUGUUUCUACCAAUGGUCCGUCUCUAGUACUGUCAACUAAAAUCUCCGACGAAGCCUCCUGCUCGCGAGAAAGGUUCCGGUUGCAUUUGCUGUCCGGUAAGGAAAAAAAACGAUAGAAACCACAAAAUUAUGGAGGAAAUGUCCUGUUUCUUGUGGCACGACCAUGUUUUUAAAGCUGAUUAAUAAUUUUAUAUGAAAAGAAAGAAUACAUGUUGUUUUUAAAUGAUAAUAACUCGCUUGAUGUGAAAACAACGGAAAUUAACUGACUAAAGUUGAUGGCGUAGUAAACUAACGUUAAUGUCCGUAGCUAAUAGCUUAGGCCAACUGUUUUGUUUUUAUUCAAUAAAGUAAAAAAUAGACCAUUAAAAUCUCUUCAAAUAUAAAGUAUUCGCAUUUUAUCACAGGCAACAUAGUAAUUUUUGCUCUGUAAUGCUUAUAUUUAGCUUGUUAGCUUGACAUUAGCUGCUCUAUCCGCCUCAAUACUAAUUCUACAACCUUCUAACACAGACACUGAUCAGAGGACAACAAGUGGCUCAGACGGAAGCAUGAGACAAAAACCUGAUGGAAAUAGGGAGUCUGUGGUCUGAAUGGUCUGUGUAGGAGGUGAGGGGUUCCCUGAGCGCACCGCCAACACUUUUUCAUAGGAGGUCCCAACAACAGCCGGUGCCACUGCGCGCUCUGCUGACGCAACCACGUCGCUGUGGCUCAAUGUGAUGGCGGACCGCAAUGUCCCCAGACCUGCCCAGGGAGGGACGGAGCAAAGUAAAUGAGACUCGGCUCCGUUAAACUGCCGUCCGUCCAGCUGUUAAAAAGAGAGACUGUUGCCACUGCCGUCCCUCCCGUGAAAUAGUAUGUGGGACGAGAUCCGCUCGGAGUGCACUGACCGGGACGAGCCAGAAGUGGAGUGAAGAGGAGCGGAGUGCGCCGGGCUGACGCACCGCAUGUUGAGCCAGCAAGUUGACUGAAAUAACAAAAGUCGCGUCGACGGGGAAGGGGACAGCCGCUCUCGGAUUUAACGGAGGUUUGAGGGGACACUUGUUCCGACAAAAUGAAAUUCGCGGAGCAUCUUUCGUCCCACAUCACUCCAGAGUGGAGGAAACAGUAUCUUCAAUAUGAGGCGUUCAAGGAUAUGCUGUAUGCUGCCCAGGACCAAGCCCCAUCCAUAGAAGUCACAGAUGAAGACACCGUGAAGAGAUACUACGCUAAGUUUGAGGAAAGGUUUUUCCAGACCUGCGAGAAGGAGCUCCUGAAAAUCAACACAUUCUAUUCAGAAAAGCUUGCAGAAGCCCAGAGACGUUUUGCCACGCUGCAGAAUGAGUUGCAGUCUUCACUGGAUGCUCAGCGUGAGAGCAACGCUCCGCCUGGCCUGCGGAGACGCAAGACCAUGUUCCACCUGUCGCAGGAGGAGCGCUGCAAACACCACAACAUCAAGGACCUGAAGCUAGCCUUCAGCGAGUUCUACCUCAGCCUCAUCCUGCUCCAGAACUACCAGAAUCUGAAUUUCACUGGUUUCCGUAAAAUCCUGAAGAAACAUGACAAGAUCCUGGAUACUCCUCGUGGAGCUGACUGGCGUGUGGCUCACGUGGAAGUUGCACCUUUCUACACCUGCAAGAAGAUCACACAGCUCAUCUCUGAGACAGAGACCCUCGUCACCAAUGAGCUAGAGGGAGGAGAUCGUCAGAGGGCCAUGAAGAGGUUGAGAGUUCCUCCACUGGGAGCAGCUCAGCCUGCUUUGGCCUGGACAACCUUUCGUGUUGGCCUUUACUGCGGCUUCUUUAUCAUUCUGGCCAUCUCCUUCAUUCUAACCGGUGCUGUGUUCAUCCGCUACGAGAAUGUGUGGCCCCUGGUGCGAAUCUAUCGAGGAGGUUUCCUGUUGAUCCAGUUCAUCUUCCUGUUGGGUAUUAACACAUACGGAUGGAGACAGGCCGGAGUCAACCAUGUCCUCAUCUUCGAGAUCAAUCCCCGAAACAACCUCUCGCACCAACACCUGUUUGAGAUUGCUGGUUUCCUGGGUGUGUUGUGGUGUCUCAGUAUCCUCUCCUGUCUCUACUCAGAGUACACCUACCUCCCCAUGCAGAUCAACCCGCUCAUCCUCUAUGGCUUCAUGGUGCUCUUCCUCAUCAACCCCUUCAAGACCUGCUACUACAAAUCACGUUUCUGGCUCCUGAAGCUGCUGUUUCGCGUAUUCACUGCACCAUUUCACCGGGUGGAAUUUGCAGAUUUCUGGCUUGCUGAUCAGCUCAACUCUCUGGUGGUUGUUCUGAUGGACUUGGAGUAUCUCAUCUGCUUCUACGUCUUUGAGCUGCAGUGGAGCAACAGCAAGGGUCUGCUGCCCAAGUUUAAAGAUCCUGACGACUACGUAUGCCACAGUUACUCGUACGGUCUGCGCGCCAUCAUCCAAUGUCUGCCCGCCUGGUUCCGCUUCAUCCAGUGCCUGAGGCGUUAUCGUGACACCAAGAGGGCCUUCCCUCACCUGGUGAAUGCUGGGAAAUAUUCCACCACCUUCUUUGUUGUCACCUUUGCUGCACUCUAUGCCACACACAGAGAACAAGGACAUACGGACGCUGACAUGUUCUUCUACCUGCUGAUCGUGUUCUCCACCAUCAGCUCACUCUACACACUGAUCUGGGAUCUGCGCAUGGACUGGGGCCUGUUUGACCGUGGAGCCGGAGAAAACACCUUCCUCAGAGAAGAAAUUGUUUAUCCACACAAGGCCUACUACUACUGUGCCAUAUUAGAAGAUGUGAUCCUGCGUUUUGCCUGGACGAUCCAGAUCUCUCUGACCACAAUGACCAAGAUCCACUCUGUGGGCGACAUCAUAGCCACAGUGCUGGCUCCUCUGGAGGUCUUCAGGCGUUUUGUGUGGAACUUCUUCCGUCUGGAGAACGAGCACCUGAAUAACUGUGGUGAGUUCCGUGCUGUGAGGGACAUCUCAGUGGCGCCACUCAACGCUGAUGACCAGACGCUGCUGGAGCAGAUGAUGGACCAAGACGAUGGCGUCCGGAACCGCUCAGGCAAGAAGAUCUGGAAGAGGUCCUACAGCCUGUCGCUCAGACGCCCCCUGCUGUCCUCCUCACAGUCGAAAAAGGACACAAAGGUGCUAAUUGAAGACACGGAUGACGAGGCUUUCAGCUGAGUCCACAACGUCAGCACGUACACACACAUAAACACACACUCAGACACACUAUACUUACAAGGACCUCAUUCACUAACACACAACCUCAACCCUUCUCCUUUAUAGUAACAAGCGUAGUGACCUUUACCCUCAGUCGAUACCUUUAAAGCAAUGAGGACCUCAGGCUGCCCUCACUUUGGACUAUUUACCUCAUGUUUACAUCCAUGUGAGUAUAUCUGGUCUUUAUAAGUAUAGAAAACACACAGCAUAGUAUACACACUGUAAUGAAGAAAAUCACAAACCUGCAGAAGCACAAGCAUAGUGUAAUAUCAUAACAGUAGAUGAGAGAGCUGAUGCCACACAGACGGAUGGAUGGACGUCAAGGGAAAUCUUCUGCACAUCACUGGAAACACCGACCACACUGCCCGGGAGUAUCCUCUUCUGUUUUUUUAAAAAGGACUUUGUCAGUAUAUGUUGUUUACUUUGAGAUGUUUCUGCUUAUUUAGGUUUAUUUUCUGGAUUUGUUUUUUGGAGAAGCUGCAUAGAUCGAGGCUACAGACGACUGUUUACACUCUUUUUAAACUUCACUAGGAUCAGCAGGGAGAAGACAAGCCAAUCAAAAAAAAAAGACUAAAUAUGAAUCUAUAGUAACCUGAGGAAGGACUCUACACACAGCACAGCAUAUCAGAACAGAUCAACUGGUUUCAACUUGUUGAUUCUUUUUAUACGCCAUCUUCUUUUCUCCUUUUUCUCGGUUGAGUUGUAAUAAUGUCAUAGCCCUGGAGGCACUUGCAGGAAAAGUGCAUUUAAUACACAAAACGUGGAGAAAAAAAAAACCUACUUGGACACAAAAAGGGAUGUUUUGAUUCAAACAUUUCUAGUCUGUGAAGUUGCUUUGUAAUAUAUUUCAUACAUAUUUUGAUGUGCAUUAUUACUGGAUUGUAGGCGUUAAGUACUUCUACAUGUGUUGUUUAUAUACUAGUGAAACUAGUUUUUGCAUCCACACGAUGAUUGUUAAUGUAUUUUAUAACGUUUGGAAUGUUUUUCUCCGUUGUGCCACGUUUUUAAUAAGCUCAUAGUUAGACCUCGAUUUUACCCCCUAGUUCAAAAGUAACUUGUGAAUCCUUGUGUCAUGUAAUCUGAAAGUGCCCGAUUAGCUGCAGUAUAUAUGUGUGCAUUGCUAUUCUUUGCAUUAACUACCAAAGCUUUAUUUAAAUGAAUGUGUCUGUGGCUACAGCGGCUCCAACCUGCACAAAGCUCAGCUAAAAACUUUUUUAUUGGGCUGUUUUAGCUGGUAGGUUCUGUCUUGUUGGAAAUCCCAGAAAUAUGAGUAGAUUAUUUCAUGAACAGAGAGAUGAAAUGCACCACAUCAGAUGUUCAGUUGAAUUGUUAGUCAUUUGAAAGAGAGUAUAUGCCAGUGGUUCUCAAACUGUGAGCGGGACCAGAGGAGGAAAAUGUGAAGCUGUCAAACUUCAAUGAAUCUGAUUUUAUGAAAGUUGCAACAAAAAGGCUCCUUGGAGUUACAUUUAAAUGAAAUGAAUUAAACCAAAGUAAAAUGAUAAUUGGGGAGGUUUGAGACUUUAACUGAGCUACUUUGUGGCAGUUAAAUAUCUGGCAACGCUGUAAAAAGCUCAUUCAGGCUCUCUAACAGUAAACAUCUUUAACCUGUAACGUGUUUCACAGCUUCAACCUUCCAGUGAUCAGAUACGUCUUUUGUCUCUGAUGUUUAAUGUUGCUUCAUUCAUUUAAGCACUUAACAAAGAAAACAAGUGUUGUGACUUGUUAGAUGAAACGUAAUCUACUAAUCUUUGACGAGGGAUGUUCGGUAAUGAAUUUGUGUCCUCGGCUUGUUGUCAGACCAGCGGCUCGCACAUUCAACAGCUGUGCGAGUGUGUGGCUGCUGCUGUUAAAGGGCCUCUGGCUUUCAGAGACAGGAUGCUAACUUUAAUGCUGGUGUGUGUGUUUCACUUUCUCUUCCUGUUCUUCCGCCCAUCCCUCCCUCUCCCUCCCUCAUGCUGCUCUCUGCACUGCUGUUCCGCCCUGUGGCUACACCGCCUCAUCACCAGCCGGUCAUGAGAUAAAGCCCAGAGAGCUACAAGACAAACAUGUUAUACAAAGUCCUGUUUCUUCUUCUUCUGUUUUUUUUUUUUUUUUCCCUGUAGCAGCUAAAAGACUGAAGCACUUCUGUGUGCAAAUGAGGUUAACGUGAACUGGAAGGCAAGAAGGUAGGAAAAAGUAGAAGAUGGGUGGCUUCCCGAUCCAUUUAAAUACACUGGACACACACACACACACACACCAACACUCAUACACACAGCCUACAUUGCCUCUCUCUCUAACUACGGCAGAUAGUUUUGUAAAAAGGCUCUGUUGUCUCGCCUGCAUGCUGCUUUUGUUCUACAUUGUACAUAGAUCUUAAUUUAUUUGACAUGAUGUGUAUAUUAGCGAUCAUUGUAGCCACUGUGACAAUGAUUGAUUUCAUAUGUUUGCCAUUUCUGCUCCAAGACAGGCAGUAUUUUAUAGGUGAUGAGGUUUUUUUUUUUUUUUUUGAUCGGUCACAAUCCUGCACUCGUUUCAUGUGUAAAUCUGUUGACAAUGUGUUUGUAUAAAGACAGAAAAAAAAAUCCAUAGAACUGGAGAAUGUGAUUGGUCGUAUCUUGUCGGUGAUUCCUUCAUGUUUCAAGGCUCCGUCAUCUCCGGGGCGGGGGUGGGGGUGGGGUUGCGUCCAGGGCUCAUCAAGAAGGAGAUUUUUGUGACCUGAAGCUGUAAAACUGUUUGUACAUUUGUGAACGUGCAUGAAAAAUAUUUUGGACGUUAACAGCUGUUGUUGCUGACAGAAGCACUUCGACAUACGGAGAGGACAUGCUCCAUAACAAGAUACUGUUAAAACUGAUCCCAGAUCUGCCUCACAAACAGAUCUGGGAUAUUUUCAUUUGCUCACUAGAAGCAUUUUAAAAAGAUGCUUCUCUGUGAGAAAAUCGUGUUCUAGUGACCAGCGUCUGUUCAGUAUAUGUGACCCGCUGACGAAAACAAAAACAGGGUUCUUUUGUACAGUUCGUGUUUGAUGAGAUGACGGUGAGAAGCCCUGACAUCCCAUUUUUUCUCAUGGGUGAAAAUUUUGUUUCCACUGCUUGCUGAAACCCCCAUGAUGUUAAAGUGCUUGAUAAGUGUGCAUCCCUUCCUCCCCUCCCUCCCUCGAUGUUGUUUGUGCCCUCUCUAAUCUAGCUGAACGUGAUAGUACCUGUAGUUUGGUAGAUGGAUGUUCAACUUUGAUAAGAUACAAAAAAAAUAAGAAUAAUAAUAGAAUAAAUUCAUUGUGGCUAAAUGUGAUUUUAAGAGACAUAAAGAAAGGAAAAUGUCUUACAGUCUGAACCAUCCUCCCCUCGAGUCCCUUUUACAGAGUAGUUUGUACAUGUCAAGUGUAUAACACUGUUCUAUGAUGCUUUUCCUGAUGGUAUUUGUAUUUCUGUAUACACUUUGGUGAUCCUGUCAUAUCUGGGUUUUAUAAACCACGAUUAUUUUUAAAACUCGCUCUGACUCUCGA